UAAAAGUAGGUGAAACCUCGAAUUUAGGUACCGGUCUCGAAACCACUAUACCCAGCAAAUAUCGUGGGAGAGGAUUUAAGCCCUUACUCUAAUACUUGGAGUCUUACUCCAUUAUUAGUCAAGUUACUCACCCUUGUGGGCUAAUAUGCAAUAUUUUUGGAGAGGAAUCGGAUGAAUAUUACCAGGUAUAACUUCAUUCAAAAGUUCAGUAAGCCCAGAAAACUCAAGUCAACGUCAAAUUCAUUUCAGAUCUAUCUCAUCGAGUCGCCGAAGCUUAUUUGGUAGACCUGAGCUAGCUUCUCAGUCGACUUAAAUAGUGGGGUGCGGCAGCGGAGACCAGCACAUAGUUGGCCCAAUUCAUGCUGAAGAGAUCUACUUCUCUUCGUCUGAUCUUGUAUCCCUUCAUCUGGUAAGACUCUCGUUGUCUCGUUGGUUGAAAAUGGUGGAAGCUGUUCUCUCCCCAUUUGCAGAAGUUCUCAAGAUAGGAAUUUUGGAAGGAAGAAACUUAUUUAGUUAUUUGUUCCACCAAAAUAGAUACCUUACGGAACUCAAUCAGGAAGUAGAAAAAUUGAAGGAUCUCAGAGAACGAAUUGUGGCUAUGAGUGAGAAUGCUGCUAGGAAAGGGGUACGGACAAGAAAUGAUGUUGAGCGGUGGCUGGGGAGAGUUGAGGAGUGUCUCAAGAGGGCAGAGUACCUUAAUUAUCGUGCUAGAGAUGAGACACGAUGUUCCGGAUUAGUGAGCCGAUAUCGGCUUAACAAGGAAGCAGUGAAGGAGCUUAAGGCUGUCGUUCGACUCAAGGAAGAAGGAAAUUUUGAAAGCGUUUCGUACGGCAUUGUUCAACGGGAUAUAUGGUCCAGAGAUUUCAAUGAUUACGAGACCUUUGAAUCAAGAAUGUCCCUUUUUAAUGAUAUAUACAAUGCAUUAUGCUCUGAUAAUAUCAACAUAAUUGGGGUGUAUGGGAUGGGUGGGAUCGGCAAGACUACACUAGUGAAGCAAGUUGCCAGGCGAGCCAUGGAAGAGAAGAAAUUUGAUGAAGUGGUUAUGGCAACGGUAAGCUUAACUCCAGACAUUCGAAGGAUUCAAGGAGACUUGGCAGAUCAGCUAGGUGUGAUAUUCCAAGAGGAAAAUGAAGCUGGUAGAGGAAGGAGGCUACGUGAGCGCUUGAAUCAAAGGAAUGGGGUCCUGUUAAUAUUAGAUGAUAUCUGGGAACGUCUUGGUGAUUUGGAGGAAGUUGGAAUUCCUUUAAGUUAUGACCAUGGGGUAUGUAAAGUGUUGCUGACAUCAAGAAUUCAUGAUGUACCGAGUAAGAUGGGUUCUCAACGUGAUUUCUUAGUUGGUGUUUUAAAAGAAGAAGAAGCUUAUAGUCUAUUCAUGAAAACAGUGGAUGAUCCCAUUGAAAACCUUGACUUACAAUCCUCAGCAAUUGAGGUUGUCCGUGCAUGUGGAGGUCUGCCUAUCGCCAUUGUUUCAAUUGCAAGAGCAUUAAGGGGGAAACAUGUAUAUGCAUGGAAGGAUGCAUUGUGGACUUUGAGAAAUCCUUCCUCUAGGAAAUCGACUACAGAUCUUAAGGAGGUUUUUUCAAGCAUAGAGUUGAGUUACCAACAUUUACAAGAUGAGGAACUCAAGUCAACAUUUUUGCUUUGCAGUAUAAUAAGAUAUUCUGAUGAUGUUCCCAUUUUGGACUUGCUGAAAUAUGGAACAGGUCUAGGUUUAUAUAGAGGCAUCAGUACUCUGGAACAAACACGAGAUAAAGUAUAUUCAUUAGUCCAUGAGCUCAAAAGCUCCUCUUUGUUGCUUGAUGGUCGCAACAGUGAAUGGUUUUCUAUUCACGCUGUUGUUCAUAAUGUUGCCUUAUCAAUUGCAUCCAGAGGCCAACAUGUAUUUUCACUAAGAAAUGAGGUUACUCCAAGGGACUGGCUAAAUAGGGAUUCGGUAACAAGUUGCAACGCAAUCAGCAUUCAUGAUAGUAACAUUACUGUGCUUCCUGAAAGGUUGGAAUAUCCAGAACUUGAGUUUUUCUAUAUGCAUGCCAAGAAUGCUAUUUUCAAAAUCCCUGACAGUUUUUUUGAAGGAAUGACAAAGCUAAGUGUAUUAAAUUUGAAGAAAAUGGAUUUAUUAUCAACAUUGUCUUCCUCACUUCCUCCCUUAAUAAACCUUAAGACACUUUGUUUAGAUGAAUGCAAACUGGGAGACAUAGCUGGUAUUGGAGACCUGAAAAAACUAGAAAUCCUUAGCCUUCUCUGUUUGGAUAUUGAGCAGUUACCUAAAGAAAUAGGUAAAUUAACCAAGUUACGGUUGUUAGAUUUGAGUGAUUGUUCAAAACUGAAGGUCAUUUCACCAAGUGUUAUAUCUAGCUUAACCGGAUUAGAAGAAUUGUACAUGGGUAAUAGCUUUGCUGAAUGGGAAUUGGAAGGAAUCAACACAGAAACAAGCAAUGCUAGCCUUGAAGAGUUGAAGCAUUUGUCUCGACUAACCUCUUUAGAAAUUCAUAUUCGGCACGCCAGGAACCCACCAGUGGGUUUGUUCCCCGAAAUGUUGAAGAGGUACAAAAUAUUCGUAGGAGAUGAAUGGGACUGGCAUAACAAGUAUGAGUACAAAAGGAGUUUGAAGCUGAAGCUUAAUCCCAACACUCGUCUGGAGAAUGAGAUUAUUAUGCAGAUGAACGAAACCGAAGAACUUUGUUUAGAUGGAGGUCAGGGUGUGAAGAAUGUUCUAAAUGAUCUAGACGCAGGUGGCUUUCCAAAGCUGAAGCUUCUCAAUAUCCAAAACAAUCCCCACAUUCUGCGUAUGGUCAACUCGGUGCAGCCACUACCUUGUGAUGCAUUUCCACUCUUGGAAUCUUUGUUUCUUCGUAAUUUAAUGAACCUGGAGAAGAUAUGUCAUGGUGAACUCACAGCAACGUCUUUCCUUAAUUUAAGGACGAUUAAAGUGAGAAACUGCGAUAAAUUAAGAAACAUUUUGUCAAUCUCUACUCUCAGAGGCCUUCCAGAGCUUCAAACAUUGGAGUUGAUUAAUUGCAUGAAUAUGGAAGAGAUUGUCACUAUUGGAAGAGAAGGGGAUGUUAACUAUGCUGAUGUGAUUGAUAUGAUAGAUUUUCGUCAAUUACGCUUCUUGACUCUAAAAUUCCUUCCACGGCUCACAAGCUUCUGUUGUCAAGUAAUGACUCAUUCAACCAAUAGAAUAAUUUUGGAGGAUGUGCUCGAUCAAUCUUUGCCUCUUUUUACCCGGAGGCAGGUCAUGUUCCAUAACUUGGAGGCUUUAGAGCUUUGUGCAAUUAAUUGUGAAAAGAUUUGGCCUGACCAACUCCCAAGACCGUCUGGUUUUCAAAAUUUAACAAACAUGAUUGUGCGAGGCUGUGAUAAAUUAAAGUUUCUUUUUUCAUCUUCUUUGGUUACAAGUUUUGUGCAAAUCCGACACCUGGAGAUAUGUAACUGCAUGGCUCUGGAACACAUUGUUACAAAGGAAGAAGAAAUAGAAGCAACCCCUGCGUUUAUCUUUCCACAAGUGACCUAUCUGAAACUCUGUGAUCUACCAGAACUUAGAACUUUCUACCCUGGGAGACAUACUUCAGAAUGGCCAUUUUUAAAAAGGUUGGAGUUAAGCGGUUGUGACAAAGUAAAUAUAUUCGCUUCAGAAUCUUUUAGCUUUGAGGAAACUGACGAGGCAGGGGUCGUUGUCCCUGCGCAACAAGCUCUCUUCAAGGUGGAAAAGGUAGUUACCAACUUGGAGGAAUUGAGAUUAAGUGGAAAAGACUUAACGAUGAUACGGGAGGACCACUUUCCGGACAACUUUUUUCAAAAACUUAAAAUUCUCGCAGUCAUGAAUGAUGAGUCAGAAGAUUUCCAACUUGGUUUCCUUCAAAUGUUUCGGAAACUAGAAAAGAUUGAACUGAGAUUGAGUUCGUAUAGAGAGAUAUUCUCAUUUGGAGAGGUCGUGAGAUUUGUCGGGAUGCUCCGAUGCAUACAAAAUUUGAAGUUAUGGAAACUUCUUCAUCUCAAGUACUUGUGGAAACAAGAAUCCGAAAUGGACUCUAUUCUUCAAAAUCUUGAAGUUCUUGAAGUAUGGUGGUGUGACGCUUUGAUUAAUUUGGUGCCAUCCUCAGUAUCUUUCCAAAAUCUUAAAAUCUUGGAGUUAUGGUACUGCAGAGGAUUGAAAUCCCUUUUAGCACCAUCCACAGCCAAAAGUCUUGUGCAACUCUUAAAAUUGAGCAUAGAUGGAUGUGAAAUGAUGACAGAAAUUAUAACAAGUGAGGUAGAUGUGGCAGAAAAUGAGAUUGUUUUCAGAAAAUUGACGCGUUUGUCACUUGAAAAUUUACAAAGCCUUACAAGUUUCUGUUCUGGAGAUUACACACUCAAAUUCCCAUCUUUGGAAGAUUUAUUUGUGACAGAAUGUCCCAAGAUGAAGAUUUUCUCUCCAGGAGUCGUAUCUGCACCCAGGUUACAAGAAGUAAGACAAAACGAGGAACAAGACGAAGGGUACUGGAAAGAUGACGUUAAUACAACCAUACAAUGGUUGCAUAAAGAAAAGCAUAUCCCUUGAUGAGCAUGCAUGUAUGAAGACAUCGAAGCAGAUGUGUCCUCUUCAUCUCCUCCUUAAUUUGCUGGUUCUCCGCUUGCAACCUUUUGAAACAUUUUUGGAUUAAACAUGUUGAAGAAAGAUAGAAGCUGGAAGAUUUAGAGACCAGGUUUAAGGUUCCUAGCUGCUUCAAAAGGUGAAGUUGUUGUCUAGUAUACUGUUACAGUCUUGAUAGUACUAUAGUUUUCCUGUCUAUCGAUGUCAACAAGAAGACAUCCACAAUUAGGUGGCAUUUGGACAAGAAGCAAGUCAAAUCUUUCUAUCAAGGCUCAACAGGUGUGCAAACCAAAACUUAGUUCUAAUUCAGGUACCUCAACUCUACAUGAUAUUAAAUGCAUAAAUUGCACGAGAGGAAGUAGUAAAAUUUAUAGUUACUACGAGUUCCCCCUUUAUUUAUCUAAAAGAGUUUUUUUAUUGGUAUGAUUAAAACCGGUUUUUGUUCACAUAAGUGUAGUAGAAAUGCAACUAGAAAAGAUAUUAAAACUUUAUGGCUGAUUCAGUUUGAAGUAUAAAAUAAAAGUGAAGAUUUUCAAAA